AAAUUUAAGAAUACAUUUAAUUUAAGAGUCGUAAUAUUUUCCAUUCGUACGUUUCAUCUGGCAGCGGGAAGGGAAUCCCUUCGGACGCAUGAAUAUAAACAUAAUAUCUGAUAGUUGUAGCAUGCAGGCGUCAAAGAAAGGAAUUGCUUCCUAAAUUGGCCAUUCAUAUCCAAGGAAAACCAAAAAUGCUAAACCCAAGAGGAUCAUUUUGCGGCUGGGAGAUGAACAAAGCAACUUAGCCGUUUAGUUUUUGAAUCGUUAUGGCACACAAUCCUUCCUUGCAGAAUCUCCGGACUGAAAUAUGUAGCCAACCGAAAACCAGAAAAGCUACCAAUCAAACCUUGCAGCUGAGCAACCAUGACAUCCCCGACGCUGGCCGGAGCUAUCGUGAUGCUGAUUUCCAUUUCCCUUUUCUCUCCUGCUUACUCGUGCACCUUCACAAUAACCAAUAACUGCCGACACACUAUAUGGCCCGGCACGCUAGCCGGUGCCGGCACUCCACAACUGCCAACAACAGGAUUCCUUCUGGAGUCUGGACAGAGUGUGAGAAUUACAAGUGUUCCAGGAUGGUCGGGCCGUAUAUGGGCAAGGACUGGUUGCACGUUUGACGAGGCAGGAAUUGGGUCUUGUCAAACUGGAGAUUGUGGAGGGAGGCUAGAAUGUGACGGCAUGGGUGCCACUCCACCAGCGUCACUCUUUGAGAUAACACUUGGCAUAGGCAAUGACAAAGAUUUUUACGAUGUCAGCAUCGUGGACGGCUAUAAUUUGCCAAUUGUUGCUGUGCCACGGGGAGUGCACGGCACGUGUAAUGCCACUGGCUGCUCUUCAGACAUAAACUUGGGUUGUCCAAGAGAGCUUCAGGUCGUUGGAGGAGAUGGUGAAAGACAAGGGGGAGUAGUUGCUUGUAAGAGUGCAUGUGAAGCAUUCGGGCUUGACCAGUACUGCUGCAGCGGCAACUUUGCUAACCCAACAACCUGCCGGCCUUCAUUUUAUUCCACCAUUUUCAAGCGAGCUUGUCCCAGGGCUUAUAGCUAUGCUUUUGAUGACGGCACCAGCACUUUCACAUGCAAGGCUUAUGAAUAUGCCAUUGUUUUCUGUCCUGCUACUAGCAAUGGAGCAAAAAGACCAGGUGGCGUACCUCCAAGCAUGCCCAUUCCAGGUCCUGACAACGAGAAGGUUGUGAAAAUGGCUUCCUCUUCCACUAUCCUCUUACCACUUCCAGUGUCAAUCCUUCUCAUCUUUGCUUCAUAUAUCACAGCAAAUUGGAGAUGUUAAGGCCUUGAUGCUCUGAAUUUUUUUUCUCCCGCCAAAUAAAGAACCCUGAACAAAUUUGAUUGCAUCAGCGGCACAGGAAAUGCAAGAGAAAAGACAAGCUGCAUGAUUCUUUUUGAUGAUGAAUGGAACCCUAAGAGAUAUUUUUAGGCUCCACGUAAUCAAUGUCAAUUUGUCAGUAGAAGCAGAGAAUAACAUGUUAUGCUCCAAAAAUGGCAGAUUCAAAAUGUUCUUAUAACUGGUAAAAAAUUCUACUAGCAUUAAUCAAUAAUAAAUCUUGUAAGGCUGGCAUUCACUGAAAAUGCAGUUGGUAUCCUUACACCCCACAUAUUGACACAGUCUCAUAAUUGGACUGCCAUAAAACAACCAUGUAAAUAUAUUGGUAAUUUCUUUAUUUCAAAAA